AUGGCGACGCGUAGAGCUGAAAAACUGUCGGUAAAACUUGCGAACGAUAUCCACGUUCUCGUAUCUGUAAUGGAGGGUGAGGAUUUCUCCGCUAUGAAGGACCUCAUAAGUACCAGUAAACGCUCAGUGUCACAAACACCGUACAGAAAGCAGAUAACGGACUCCGGAAGUGGACAUUGCACGCAUGCUGCUGAGUCAAAACAACGAAAACCGAGGUAUUCAACAGACGAAUUACAAUUGUUAGCACAAGAGGUAAAUAAACAUAUUCUCUUUGGUAAAUUCAGUGAUGUAUUGUCAAUGGAGAAAAAGCAAAAGACAUGGUCAGAAAUGACCAUGCGUAUAAACGCUGUCUCACAGACUGUACGAACGGCGGAUGAUCUUAGAAAAAAAUGGAAUGACUGGUCUAGUGUUACCAAAGGAAAGGCAGCAAAACGUAAGCAAUCACCCAAUAAGACUGGUAGCGGGCAGCCGGAUACGAAACCAUUGACUGAAAUAGAGGAACUCGUAGUUUCCAUUCUAGGAGAGACUGCCGUUAGUGGAUUUAAAGGUGGAAUAGAUACGGCUCGUGUUGCUGAAGAAGAAGACUUUUCCGGGGGCGAAGGCGAGUGCGAUUCAUCCCCAUAUAAUAAGGCUAAACCGGAACAUGAAUUCCCGACAGCAUCCGGUCCGUCGUCCAGCGGCAUGGACUUAGUUUGCAGGGAAGCCCCAAACUGUUUAGACAAUAUUGAGUGUGCUUCUAAACCAAUGAAAACGGUUCCCCUAAAAAAGAGAAAACUUGCUGCUGCUGAAUCAGUUGCAAGUUCUUAUGAAAAUGAUGUCAUUUCAAUUGAGAGGGAAAAACUUAAUAUUGAAACUGCCAGACUAGAAAUUGAAGAAAAACGACUGGAUAUUGAACAGCAGCGACUGCAGAUCGAGCAGCAACGACUUCAAGUUGAGUCAGACAUUUUAAACACUUUACUUAGUCAAAGGAGAUAUUCUGACCAAACUGCUUCUCAACUUCCGGGACAGUAUCCGGGGCUAGGUAACGCUGGGACAUUGUUCAGAAUAUAG